AUGGUUGAACAGAAGAAGUACCUAUUGUUUCUGGCAGCGCCGGAUUCGGAGUUCGCGAAGAAGGCGUACGGAGGAUACCAUAACGUGUUUGUUUCUUUCCUUGGCGACGAAGGAGAGCAAUGGGACUCUUUCAGAGUCGUUGAUGGCGAGUUUUCUGACGAGAAAGAUCUUGAGAAGUACGAUGGGUUUGUAAUCAGUGGAAGCUCUCAUGAUGCCUUUCAGGACACUAAUUGGAUCUUGAAGCUUUCUCAUAUCAUCAAGAAACUCGAUGAGAUGAAGAAGAAAGUCCUCGGAAUCUGCUUUGGCCACCAGAUAUAA